AUGGAAUUUCUCAAGACGUGCAGCACAAAUGCACAAGCUAUAGGCGACUUUGAGGCCAUCGCAUACCAAGCCGUUUCCAUUACACCCAAUACCACCCAAACCUCCUCAAGAGCGCGCGAUUUGAGCCCCUUAGACCAUCUGCGUGCUGCAGAAGCAGAGCUACGCCAAGGCCUGCAUCUAGUUGUACAGGAUGCGUCCCGACCUUGGCUAUGGCAUUUCCAACCCACCACGGUCGAGAAGGCUGGCCAGGGCGCUUUGGAUCUACCAGAGCUUGAGGGAUAUCGCUUGCAGCGUGAACAAACAGGUUGUAUAAAGGCUGUCGAACUAGCUCGACCGCCCAUGCGAGCGGUAAACCCGAAUGCAGCAUCAUCCAACUUCGCGCCUUCGACGCCAGCAUCGCAUAAAGGCGCGCGACUUCCUCCAGGCAGCACACAAGCUAAUACGACGGAUCAACAGCAGCCUCCAGACUGCAUCACCCUCUAUGAGCUGUAUACGUCGUCUGUCAUGGCUAUGAUCUCAUUCCAUCUUGUAAGAGACUGCCAUGUGGUUGCCUUGAACUACCGAACAUUCAUUUCACAACCUCUGCCUCCGCAAGAUAAUCAUCAUGCGAGCCUUGACAUGCUAGCAGACCCACAUUGGCUCACAAGCAUUAACGUCCAUUGGACUAGUUCAGGAACGCUCCUGGUCUCAACCUUCACCGAGCGGAAACUUGAGAUUCGUUGUUUAGGUGAUAUCACGCUAGAAACAGAACAAGAGCAGCUUGUCGGUCGCUGUGUACGUGUUGCUCCCAAAGGCUUGCUUGCCAAGAUAGUGAGCUUUGAAGACCCAUUGGACUCCGUCCCGGAAGAUGUCGCUCAUCGAUCGAGGAAAAGACCAAGGGUCAGCUCCUUGGAGCAAAGCAUCGAGAAAUGGAAGUCGACUGUCAAGCGUUGGUUAGGCUGGAGGGGCUACUCUUUACCCAAUCUCGAGAAACCGAGCUCGUGGAUCAGGAUACGCACCACCCAGAUGACACAACCCGCUGUAUCAAGCCCAUCACCUUUCAAUUCGGGCCGAGACAUACUCUGGCCGCGAGGACUGUGUUUUCUCUACAUGCCUGAGCCGGUUGGAACUACAGCGACAGAGUCAGACGGUGUCUCAACUUCAGAACACGGUGACAGUCCCUCUAGAUGGUUUGAGACUCCCGACUCGACCGGCUUCAGAGAUCCACUAGAUGUUGCGCAGCAGUGGUUCCUCGGCAAACCCGAUAGAGAGAAAAUACUCGAAGUACGACAGAAAGCCAAAAAGGCCGAAGAGGAGGCUACUCGCCAAAAAGAAGAUCAUGCUAAUCUAUAUGCAUCAUCUCCACUGAAUCCCCGAACUGGGGCCUAUGGUGACCUUCAAGCAGUGAGCGGAGUAUAUCCUACGCCCCCAGACGGCGUUGCCCCCGGCACUGGGGUCUCUUACAGCGACACACCAAGUGUCUCGGGCGCCACUUCUAAUGUAAUACUAGCAUCGGGGGCAAACAAUCCUGUAAUCAACAUUUCAGCUCCCCAGGACAACGCUCAUAUCGACGGACAACAGCUGUCUUUGACGUCUCCCGUGUUGCCUUCGGCCUCAGACAACUUUAAUACGUCUAGCGGCAACGAUGAUUUGUUCGAAGACAUGGAAGAAGAUGGGUACGGGGGCGAUGGCGUCAACGAUGCAGAUUUUGACUUCUUUGAUGGACCCGACGAGGAAGAUGUGGACAUGGAAGACGCCCCAGCGCUGCCUGAUAGCAACAUUACCGCUGUCAAACAUGGCCAGAAUCAAGAGCUAGUGUCUGUUUCCGAGUCACAAAGCAAGGAGGAGAUGCCCGACCCCCUAGCAGCCCUUGAGAAUGCUCUAGCUACGGCUUCUCGGCCUACAGACGAAGAGAUGCAGAAAGUCGAAAGUGAGCAACCUGCGACCACAGGGACCUCCCCAGCGCAAGAUGAACAGGAUACAAGCUUGGAACUGGAGGUGCACCCGCAACCUCAUGGACAAGUGGCUACCAACAAAGAGCCUACGCCUCCGCUCAGUCCUAGCAUGAUUGCGAAGACACUGCAGCCGUCUCCACCUAAGAAGUCCGCAUCACGACUCGAUCAAGAGCAAGAGCUGGGGCAUCAGCGUGACAGCGCAUUCAGUCCACUGACCUUCAGCCGUAAGCUGAGCAUAUCUGAUGCGAAGUACCAGGGUGUUCGUUCUACCUCAUAUCAAGACAAGGAUAUUGGUAGUGACCGCCGGGCUAACCCCGGUUCUUCCCGGGUAAAAAGUCUGAGGGACGUACCAUUAUUGACAAAACUCCGCUAUGCUAUGGGCGUUGCAUCGACCAAUAAGAUCCCAGAAAUUCCAUCUUUGGCUCGAGCAGACAGUAGCGAUGACUCGGAUUCUUCGAGUGAGACGUCAGAUGCAUCUGAAGAAGAUUCUGAUGAAGAGAUCGCUAGUGGGCCUAGGGCAUUCGUGGGCAGCAUUGUGUUAGCUGCAAAGAGAAAGUUACCAACUGAAGACAAUGCCACCCCAAUGUCUGUAACCUCAUUCGCAGAUUCUCUUGGGGGUGACUGGCAAGACCCUCAUGCACUUCAACUCGAUGAAGCAUCUCUUACCUCCUUCGAACCCACUUCUUGGGAUUGGUCUUUGGUCAACUUUCCUUCUCCCGCCGAACGAAUCGCCGCUGGCGCACGCUACAACAUGCCUGCUAUGCCGCCAUUCCAUAUGGAGAUGCCAGAUACCCCGACAUCUCAGCCUGACCUUAUAUUUGAACAACCAGACGAAAGGCCUUUGCCUUUGAGUGGAAAGGAUAGUAUUGCAAUAACCCAGAUUGUAACUGAUCAGAUUGUGUCAGCAACACUUGACAUCCUUGGAGAGGACCCAUUAGUCGAGCUGAGGUCUGACGUUCGGAUAUCGCCAGAGACACGCUGGCAGGCCACCAUCAGAAGCAUAUUCCCAGACGCAAUCGAAUGUAAUGUACCUGCGCUAGCAGCAGUCCACGAUGUGUUCCCCGAACUCUCAGCUCAAGCAAAGGGACAUCAAAGACCCCCACCACGCAAGCCAAAUGAAGGCGCGGUGAUACCUGGGAACCACCUUUUCCAAAUAAGUCCCCCUUUCCUCAGAGUCCGACGUGCGGAAACCCACUGGGACUUGCUUCCUCCAGCAAUAUCAUUCUGGGAGCCUCUUGGGUUGUCGCCCAUCAGCCCCCCGAAGAAUGUUGUUGCCUUCUGCGUUUACCCACAUAGUGAGUCUCUCAGGCCAUGCCUAGAGAACCUUUUACUCAACCUUCAGCUGGCCUACGACAGCUGCAAGCUUGGCAGUCACGUGCGCGUCGAAACAGGUAUAGAGUUUGAAGGAGGCCUCGUACCUUGCCGGGUCACCACACCAGGCGCCCAGCAUGAUACGUCUAAGGUGCUUAGAGAGACAUGUGUUCAACUUGGCAAUCAUCUUUCCAUGCGGCAUACCAAGAUACGAGAACAACAGGAGGCUAAGAUCGACGCGUUCGUCAUCUACAUGGUAGAUUCUUUCGGCGGCCCCUCUGGGCUAUGGGAGCUAGGUUCUGCUUUCUGGGCUCUUUUCCAGGCUUACAGCCAAGGACCACCAGGACGGCCCGAUCAAACUCAGAAGCCGGAUCUUGUGCUUCAGGUCAUCCCCAUGAAGUAUAUCGCCUCUUACGACACCCCCGUCAUUCUGGAUCCCAGCACAUACACAAGUCUUGCGCGGGAAGUCUACGAUCGCUGCCCACCGAGCGCACCAAGUGGAGACAAGACAACUCUCAGCAUAUAUAAGGCUCCAUCAUUUCAACUGGAAGAGACCCUUCCUCGAAGCGUCCCGUUCAGGCUUGUAUCGGAGCCGGCGCAGGACCUGCUCCGUGAAAACAGUUAUAUGCACCUUGGCUAUGCGAUUAGUUUUGAUGGCAGUUGGAUUACAGCAGCCUGGACUGACAGUUGUGGCAAGUCCCAGGCUCUUGUGUCGUAUCAUCUCGGUACACGUGUGUUCGGAGAAAUCGCGAAAGAAAUCUGGCAGACUACGAUCGAAAUACUGCAGUCUCGAAGGGUACAUUGGCGCGUCUGCAUUGCCAAAGCAGGCGUUAUGGAUAGAGAUGAGUUUGAGACUUGGAUCGCUCUCGUCUCAUGCCCCACACAGCUGAACCUCUUCUUCAUGAUACUAACGGUGGACACUGAUUCACCGUUCAAGUUCACACCCACUACAAUGUCAACAAGCAGCGCAACCACUGGCCAACCAUCCGCAAACACACCGGACUCCAACCAAGCCGGUAUCUCACCUGACCCAGCUGUUGGCCUCACCCCGGCUGCAACUCCCUCUGCAGACCCGACCACCGCCGACCCUUCAGCAGACCCUGAAGCGCGUCUCGUCGACGUCACAGAUGAAUCAUGGGGCAUCAUCCUCGCGCAUCGUCUUCAUAACUCGAAGUCCACGAACCAGUUCAGUCCAGCACUCAUCUCAGGUUUGCUUGUCAAACGCGGCGAGACAUUCGCCACGAGUAACACUAUCAACCACCCAAUUCCCGACCCAGAACACGGUCCCAUAGUAGUUGGUGUAAACAUGUUAUGGAUUGGCGCUAUCGGGAGUAUGCGUGCUGCUACAUCCCCCUUGCCAGCCGCUGGUGAAGGUGUGAGUCCUGGUGGCGCGACUCCAAACCCGUAUGCUAGCGGCGGCAGUGCACCGCCGAGUCCCAGCCCCGCGCAAGAUGGAGUCAGGAGUACGACUUCGCUUAUAUGGGCGCCAACGGUGCAGACGCGUAGCACGGCGGAAAAUCUACUCAGGGAGGUUCUAGUGCAGUACAGAGCAUUGGGGUUGUUGGCGAAGCUGAGAGGCAUGAGGGGAAGCGGACACGGAAGUGUGCCAUGGCAUGUCGCUGCUGCUAAGAGGGGGGUGGAAGGGCUGGAGAGGGUUAUUAGCAGUCCAUAUCACGGCCUUUAA